CCACCAUUGGACCGGCGCGGCGCCAUAAAAGAUGUGUACAGUGCGCUGUACACUUCCACGAAGGCUGUGUUAUACACUAAAACAGCUUAUCGACGUGGCAGCUGUUGACAUGGCUCUUCACAGCUCUCCAUUGUCACGACGUUGGUCAUAUUAUUCGUAAGUGUUAUCAUGAGACUGAGUCGAGUGAGCUUGCUAGCCAGUAGCUAACUUUAGCAUCCAGGCUAGGUAGCUAGUCAGCCGUUAGCUGCUCUGUGAUGGUUUAGUAGACCAACCUGAAUGUCAGAACCCUGAGGGCUACGUCUAACAGAUGGAAGGCAGCGAUGAGGAGGACUCACCGGAAGCACCGGAGCUACCCCUGGAGAUCCUGGUUUACAUGCUGGGCUUUCUCCCGACUUCAGACAGAAAGGAAGCCUCACUUGUCUGCCGCAGCUGGUACAUUGCCAGCCUGGACUUGCGUUUCCAGAAAAAUGUCACGUUUUGCUUUCCGGCUUCAGCCUCAUCCCUGGAGCUGGUGAGGGGCCUGGGACGAAGGUCUCGCUGCAGCCUGAUCAUCAGCCAGCUGGAUGGAUUCAGCUUGUCCAGAUCUCUGCUGAUGGAGGUGGGUUUAUGUCUGGGCCCUAAGUUGGAUAGCUUAGCCCUGCCUGGCAGCAGCGUGUCUGAGGCCUCCCUGCUGGCCCUCCUCCCUCGCCUCACCUCCCUCCGCAGGCUCGACCUGAGAGGGCUGGACAGCCUCUUCAUGUCGGGAGCUUUCCUCUCCAAGGAGGAGCACAGGCGGCAGGUCAGGUCGGCCCUGUCUGGCCUAGAGGAACUCGACCUUUCUAACCUGCGCUAUCUCUCUGACCUCACCUUCAACCGACUCACGGGCUGCACGCCACGCCUCCGCCGCCUCUCGUUGGCCGGCUGCCACAUCGCUUUUGAGUUUGACCCCUACCGUGGAUGCCCGGUGGGAACCGUGGAGGUUUCCUCAGCGCUGCUCUCACUGAGGAAUGUGCGGAAGUUGGUGACGGAGCAGACCGCCACCCUUGUCGCUCUGGACUUCAGCAGAACCUCCAUCACCCACGAGUCACUUCGCAGCAUUGCCCAGGUCAAAGGUCUCGCCUUAGAGGAGCUGUGUCUGCAAAGUUGUAAGGAGCUGACAGACUAUUCCGUGGCGGUUCUGGUCAAGCACCAGUCCAGCCUACAGAGACUGGACCUCAGUGGCUGCACUGAGCUGACCAGCAGGGCCGUGCUUGCCAUCGCACAAGGCCUGAACUCACUGACACACCUAUCUCUGUCAUGUGACUGGAGGAUCACUGAAACAGGACUGGAAGACCUGGUGUCGGUCUCAUCGCUAAAGAGUCUGGAUCUAUCGGAGUGUCCUCUUGUGGGCGGCACAGAGAUGGUGAAUGGUUUGUCUCGUCGCACCGAGCGAACACAGCUGGAGAAGCUCCACCUCAGGAGCUGCAUGUACAUCCGGGAUGAGGCUGUUUUCUCCCUCACACAGCUUCUAGGGAACACCUUACGUCACCUGGACCUGACCUCCUGUGCCAACGUGACCGAUCUGUCGGUGCGCGCCAUCGCCUCCUACCUGCACGGCCUGGUAGUGCUCCGACUGUGUGAUUGCAAGGAGGUGACGGACUGGGGUCUGCUGGGCAUGGUGGAGACCAGCGCAUGUGAGCUGGACGAAGAAAAGGAGGACCAAGGCCCCAGGUUCACACGCACCUUUGGGAACAUGGGCUUCUUCAAGCCUCCUCGCUUGCCUUUUCAGGAGCGGCCCAAGAUGGUGACGCAGGACCACCUGGAGCGGUUCAAACAGCAGUCAGGGGCAUCACUUUUAGCUCUUAGGAGGCUGCGGGAGCUCAACUUGUCCGCCUGCUGCAAGCUGACUGACAGCAGCAUCACACAGGUGGUGCGCUACCCAGACCUCCAACAUCUGUCUCUGUCCAUGCUGCCUGAAAUUACAGACGCCAGUUUGUCAGACGUAGCCCGACACUGCCGCAGCCUCACCAGCCUGGACCUCAGCUACUGUGCACACAUCAGUGACCACGGCGUAGCACAGGCGGCCCCACACCUCCCCAGACUGCAGCAUCUCGACCUCUCCGCUUGCAAUAACAUCACUGACAAAUCUUUGUUCCUGCUGGCUCAGCACUGCAAGCGACUCAAAACACUGGACGUGUCCAUGUGCAACAGUGUCUCAGGAACCACUGUGGACCUCAUUCAGUCACAGCUGCCCUUUUUGGAAAAUGUCCAUUACAAGCUGCACAGCGGGACUGACUUGACUCUCUGAUUGGAUGUUCCUCAACAAAUACGGAGGCUCGAGCUUCACCACAUUGUCCACAACGCAGGGUCAUCUGCAACUUGUGAGGGAUAUUCUGUUCAGGUGGGUGACGACAUGCCUUUGUACAGGGUGCACCCCAAAAAUACAUGGCUUUACUUAUUAGGUAUGCACAUCGAUUUAUCUAUUUUCAAACCUUCAAUCAACUUCCAUUAUUCACAGCAAUUCCAAUGGGUGAAUUAAAUAUGAAACGCUCCUUGCAAGGCUGCAGGAGCAUGUGAUCAGUGAGGAAUAAUUACGAAAUACUGGUAUAUACUCUAAAUAAGACAUAAUGUAUAAACAGAUGUAUUCUGUUGAUGCUAAUUAAGUUGUAUUUAGAUGGCAAUCACCACUCAGUGCGCAGCCUCAACAUUUCAUGGUGCUAGCCAUGCACUCAUCAUAAAAAAAAAAAAGUGAGACCUUUAACUUUAUUUUUUUAACAGAUGUUAGAUCCUGCAUUAUUAUUAUAAAAAAAGAGUCUCCCAACUAGCAUGUAAAUCAUGAGUCUGUGGUUCAUCCAUUUUGUUCCACUUAUGUGAGUCCAAGUCACAGGGGCAGCGGCCUCAGCAGGGAAGACCAGACCUCCCGGUCUCCAGCCACCUCCUCUAGCUCCACCGGGAAGACACCAAGGUGCUCCCAGGCCAGCUGUGAGACACAAUCCCUCCAGUGUAUCCUAGGUCUGCCCCACUGCCUUCUCCCGGCUGGGCAUACCCGGAACACCUCACCACGGAGGCGUCCGGGAGGCAAUUGGACCAGAUGCCCUGGCCACAUCAACUGGCUCCUACUCUGAGCCCCUCCUGGAUGGCCGAGCUCCUCACCCUAUCGCUUAGGGUGAGUCCAGCCACCCUAUUUUCUGCGAUCUCGUUCUUUCGGUCACGACCCAAAGCUCGUGGGGGUGGGAACAUGGAUUCACCGGUAAAUUGAGAGCUUUGCCUUCCGGCUCAGCUCUCACUUCACCACGAUGGUCCGGUACAGCGACUGCAUUACUGCAGACGCUGCGCCGAUCCGCGUGUCGACCUCACACUCCAACCUUCCCUCAUUCGUGAACAAGACCCUGAGAUACUUGUCUAGUCGAUGGUAUUUUGACACAAUGCACCAACCAUGAUGACUGUGACUGAUGAAUAAUCUCCUAUAAGCAGUUAAAAAAAAAAUAAAGCAGAGUGGCAUGACAAAUGCAUGUUAAAGCAUCCAAACUGUGUGAAUUUAAUCGCGUCCCUUCACACAAGGAUUGUAGUGAAGCCUGCAAGGUGUCAGCAACAGCACAGGAUGUUGGGAAUUGAAGCAGACAACAUAUCCGUACCCUGUUUAAAAUACAUCAUUUAUGAAAUCUUUACAAUAUACUAGGAAUGGUGUACCUACAGUAUGUUCAUUUAUCCAAUGUGUACCAUAUGUCUUCACAAAAAGGGAUAUUUUAGGCUCUACCUUGUUAAGAUGAACACUGAAAAUAUAUAUAUUUUUUUAAGGUACAGCCAGUUUUAUGAGACAAAUCUAUUGCCUCAAUAAGCCGAUUUACACGCAGGGAUAUUCCAUAAAUCAAACAGAUUAUUGGUAAAAUAUAGUGUAAUCAUUACAAAAAAAUUAAAGUACAGGUCUUUUUUGGUGCUUCUGCACAGUAUAAUAAGAUCAUGGGGUCUAACUCUUUUCCACAAAGACUUGAUGGUCAGACAAAAAUCUGUAGAUUGGUAAAAAAAAUAAAGCAAAAUUGCACUUCAGUCAAGCUAUGUGGGAUGAGCACAGCAGCAGCACAGUUCAUGUUUUUGUUGUCAUUAAGUGGAAAAAAAAAAGUGUGCGCACACUCACAAACACGCGCGCACACACACACCAUAUAUUUACACAGACACACACUGGUGGUGCACACUCUACUGCUCCGUUUGGCUAAAGUCGUAGCAGAAAUUGUAGUUGCUGGGCGGUUUGGGCACGGCGGGUGCGCUCUCAGGAAUGGGGACGUUCUCUAAAUCCAGGAGGCGGAGCUUAAUCUCCAUGGAGAGGAGUAUGUCCAGCUCGCUGCGCAUGGAUUGGCUGCUCAUCUCCCGGCCCAGGAGGACGUUGAGUCCAUCAGUCCACAGACAGAACUGCCACACAAGAGACAGACGCUCUACUCGUGUCCACUUUUAUUAUCCCGUCAAUGCUGAUGAGAUGAGGUGGACUCACGUCAGUUCUGGACGGGGCGAUGAAGUUGAGGCUGUACUCCACGUCGUAGGUGAUGCUAAAGGCCAGGUCCAGCACCUCCUAGAUGCAACACACGGUGGACAGUGAGGCUCUUGGCAUCUCUUCUUCAACAUUAUAUAGAAAUGCAGAGCUGCUGACCUUGUUCUGUUUGCCUUUGUUCUCCUUCAUGUGAGGACAGUCUUUGCCCGUCAGCACAGCUUUAAUAUCCGCCACCGGAACUGGACAGGAUCAACACAUUAACUAGUCACUAGUACUAGUACUAGUACACUCCUUAGCUAGUUUUUUAAUUGGCCCUGUAUCCUUAAUUAUCUUUAACCGUUCAGCAUAUGUAUGCAUUUUUAUUUAUUUUUUUUUUACAUGUCCAACAAUGACGACACUCACUCUUUUCCUGCAGGGUCUCAAUCGGGGGAUUUUCCGUGUCCUCCUCCACGUCGCCGUAAUGCAGCAUUUUGUGAUUGGGUGACAAACGGCAGUACCACAGUUUGUCUGGGGGGGAGGGAACACAAGCCAGUAAGAUGAUGAUACCAAAAAAUAAAAAGUAGCAUGAAUAUAUAUCAAGCUCACCCUGUCUGCGUCGGCUACUAAUCUUUCUGAACAUGGUUCCUUGACACAGUCUGUUGAGUCUUUGCUGACGAAUCAAGUCAAGCAGCUCAGGCUUUAGACGCUCUUUGAGUUCACUGGCACACAAAUACACACAACACUUUAUGGAGGACAGCUUUGUGACAACAACAACAACAACAAAAAAAGUCUGGCGCAUUGCCAACUAUCCUUCAGUUAGACAAGGAUGUGGGAACUAUAUGUCUGAUCAUUUUGUGAUUUUGGGACAACUGAUAUUUAUUGUUGAAAAAUAGUAUAAACAGGGAGUUUUUAUGUUUUCAUGUACAUGCUCAGUGUGUGUUACAGGUGGUCAUUUUGGGGAUUUUUUUAAAACUCAAAAAUUAACAACGUAUCUGCAUCUGUUCAACACAGUGCGGGUCAAAAGGUCUCUCAUGCUGACGUGUCUUAUGGAAACCAUCUUGAUCAUCCUGCUACUCACAGUAGUGAUGGGGAACUCCAUUCCUUUAACUGACUCCAGUUCUGAGGUGAUUCGGGUUUUCGAGUCACUUGUCACAAAGUGCAUGCGCAGAAACUCAGUGAAACGCGAGUCUUUGUCGAGCACCUGUGAGUCAGUGAAACACGGGUCUUCUUUGAGCACCCGUGAGUCAGUGAAACGAGUCUUCUUUGAGCACCCGGGAGUUAGUGAAACACGAGUCUUUGUCAAGCACAUGCGAGGCAGUCAAACGCGAGUCUUCUUUGAGCAACCGCGAGUCAGCGAAACGAGUCUCUUUGGAGAACCCGUGAGUCAAACUGAUCCUUCUUCAAGCACCCGUGAGUCAAACGCGAGUCUUCUGAGAGCACCCGUGAGUCAGUGAAAUGCAAGUGUUUAUCGAGUGCAUGUGAGUCAGUGAAACACGAGUCUUCAAGCACCCGUGAGUCAGUGAAACGAGUCUACUUCGAGCACCUGUGAGUCAAACGCGAGUCUUCUUCGAGCACCAGUGCAUCCGUGAAACGCAAGUCUUGUUCGAUCACCUGUGCGUCAGUGAAACGCAAGUCUUCUUCAAGCACCUACGAGUUAGUGAAACCCAAGCCUUCUUCGAGCACUUGUCAGUGCAACACGAGUCUUCGUCGAGCACCCAUAAGUCAGUGAAACUAGUCUUCUGCAAGCACAUGCAGGUCAGUGAAACGCAAGUCUUCUUCAAGCACCCACGAGUCAGUGAAACCCAAGCCUUCUGCGAGCACAUGUCAGUGCAACCCGAGUCUUUGUCAAGCACCCGUGAGUCAGUGAAACUAGUCUUCAUAGAGCACUCGAGAGUCAGUGCAACUAGAGUCUUCAUCAAGCACCAGUGAGUCAGUGAAACUAGUCUUUGUUGAGCACCCGCGAGUCAGUUUACUUUACUUUACUUCGAUUUUGGUGUUCACCCCUAAAUGUUCUGCUUGUGCUCCUAAAAUGUUAAGUUAGGGGCCACUGUGCUCCUAAUAAAAAAAAGUGGUGGAGUCCUGGACAUGGUCCUUUUUAACUGUAGCUAGUGGUAGCAGGGGAGUACCCGCGAGUACCCAUUCAGUAAAAACUUUUGGAGUUUUGAACGAGUUGUUCGUGACUCGCACAUGUCUAACUCACAGUACAGGCGGAGCAAGCGUCUCUUCCUGGUGCAGUCUUUCCGUCUGCCUCAGUUUGAGGAUCUCGCUGUAGUUCAGGGCAUUCACUUUGAUCUUGAAGAGCUCCAGAGAGGUGGGCUUGGUGGACAGUGUGCGCGUGAUCUGCUCCCGUACCACCUGCAUGACCUGCACAGGACCAAGACUUACUGCUGUGUUUGAUGGAGGGACCCAAAGAGGCAACGAUCAACUUCUAUUUGAGAAUCCUCAGGCGUCAAACAUCACUUUUUAUAUGAGUCAGGUUUCCGCCAGAAUUUUGCCACGGUUUUUGCACGCUGUCUCGGUUAUUGUACAAUGUUAAGCAUAACAAACUAGUCUGUUUGGUCGGUACUGUAUCUUUCCGCGAGUGCCCAAACAAAGCACCCUACGCGUUGGUGACUCGCCAUCCGUGCAUUUUUUUUGAGUGCGACUGCUAAAAAAAAUGCUAAAUAACAUGCUAAAUAACAUGCCAGUGGGGCCAACAGAAAGUUGCGAGUGCCAGCAGUUUGAUAAAGAAGGAGAGAGAAUCUGCUUACUUUAAAAAAAAAUAAAAAAUCGCAAAGUAGAAAGAUGGAGUCCCUCUCCACUCAUCACAGUUGAGUCUUCAAUAAAAGGUAAAAGUGAUUAAUUUGUCCAUUUCAUUCCUCAUUUAGAAAGACGGAUUGACUGGAUUUACAUUAUGUUCGAUGGGAAAAACGUUUUGGAACAAACGUAACGCAAAUAGAGGUACCACCAUAUUUAGCUUCACAUUGGAUGCAACAAAGACAACAUUUACAGGAUAUCCCUGAAGUCACGCAAAGCUCAGUUAUCCAACCCGUGCAGAAAGUCCUCCACAUGAUCACUUCCUCUUGUCAUCCAUUCGCACUUGUUCCCGCCUACUUCUUUUAUCUGUUUUAAGUCAGUCUAACUCACCACCCCCGCCCACAACAAUUUCCCCUUAACAGCAAGCAAUCAAUGGCGCGUGGCGUCUUUUAUUAACCUACUUCACAGUUUCACUGUCACAGAAUUAGAACGAUCAAUGCCUCCUUUCAGCCACACUAAUAAAAAGACAGCUAAUGGAUACCUGAUAUUGACAGACCGUCCAGAUGGAACCACGGGUGCAUUUUAUCUAGCAUAUUCCUUUUUUUUUUUAAUUGUUACAACUUGAGUCCUAUGAAAUCUGCCUAGCGACAACUUCAAAGUUCUUCUCAAUUUGCCAUAGAAAGAAUUUCAAUUAAAUAAAUACAUAAUGAGAGUGCACCAAAUGUUCUGUUUAUAUAAAAACAACCUUUGCAUUGCAAACAAAAGUUGUGCACCUGUGUGUGUGUGUGUGUGCUAAACAUUUAUAGCAGCAGUGUCUCGGCCGCAAAUAGAAUGUUUCGAUAAAUCCACGAGCUUGCUUCGCUCUGCUGACCAGCAUCAUUCCUUACAUUGCGCACACAAAGCGGAAGCCUGAGCCCAAAUACGCCAGGUUGCAGCUAAACCAUCAGGCAACAUUUAACUGUCUACAGCAACACAAACUCCCCACCCCACCCACCGAAGCCCUCUGAAAGCAAGUACCCACAUAAUAACAACCUCCUAUUAGAAUGUCACCUAUGAUGUGACUUUGAAGUAACCUUUGAAGGCUUUGAUGAAGGACAUACAUGGGGAGUCUGUAUGGCAUCAUCUUAUCAAACAGGCAAAUCCAUCUUACCUCCAUUUUCAGCAAGUAUUUCACUCCCCGGUGUGAGGUGGUAGGAGAGGCAGCGAUCAUGACAGCAGCAGAGGUGGCUGUCUGUUUUGUAAACACACACCCUGACACUCACCGCCCUAACCCCCCCAACACCUCCCCUCCCUCAGCCAAGCUGUCAGCCAAUAGCAGCCAUGACUGGCAGCUGUCCCCAAACCCUUCAGCAUGUGCACCAAUGCACCAAGCGCGCCUUUUCUCCUACGUGUGACGUGCUGUAAAGACGAGGGGUGGGAAUCUCUGGCCAACGCAUGAUUCAAUGAUGCCAUUACGAUUCAGAGGCCUGCGAUGCGAUGAUAACAUUCAUCUUUUUUUGUCAGUUUUUUUAUGCGUCAAUUUUUUCCUUUUUACUCACGGUGUACGACUAAAACAAAGCAUAUUUGUAACGAUCCACAAUUAAAAUAAAGAGGAAACAGAUUAAUUUACUUCCAUUAUCUUUUAACAAUUGGAAGGUUACAUCGACCCACAUAUUCCCCAUUGCAGAGAACCAGCAGCAAAAGUCAGGUGCACCAGUAGCAGCGUGUAUAAAAUGAACAAUCUUCAGCAUAUUCUGAGUAACCAAC